AUGGUUCUCUGGUUAGAUAAACAUCGUCCAAUGUCAUUGGAAAAGAUGCAAAUCCACAAAGAAGUCUCUGAACAAUUAAUGAAUAUAACCAAGAGUGGAGAUUUUCCUCAUCUUUUAAUUCAUGGACCAUCAGGAGCAGGUAAAAAGACUAGAAUACAAGCACUCCUUCGUGAAAUAUAUAACAACAAGAUUGACAAAGUUAAAUUAGAAAAUAAGGAUGUUUCUGUAGGAUCGGAUGGAUCAAAGACUAUCACAGUGACUGCACUUUCUAGUGGAUAUCAUUUAGAAAUUACACCAAGUGAUAGUGGAUAUUAUGAUAAAUAUGUUGUUGCUAAUAUGAUCAAGGAAGUAGCAGAGACUGAUUCUGUUGAUUUUCUCUCUACUGGUAGUAGUGCUUCAUCACAUUUAAAAGUUAUUGUUUUACAUGAAGUUGAUAGUUUAACAAGAGAAGCUCAACAAGCCUUGAGAAGAAUUAUGGAAAAGUAUUCGAAAUCAUGUCGUUUAAUUUUAUGUGCCAAUUCAACUUCAAAGAUUAUUCCACCAAUUAGAAGUAGAUGUAUGGCUGUUAGAAUACCAGCUCCUUCUGAUGAAGAAAUUUCAACAGUUUUACAAUUUGUUGCCAAGAAGGAAAAUAUCAAACUCGUUCCAGAAAUUACACAACAAAUUUGUGAAAAAUGUGAUGGUAAUAUGAGAAGAGCUCUAUUAAUGCUAGAAAGUGCCAAAGUAGAACAAUAUCCAUUCACAAAAGAUCAACAAGUUAAAUUACCUGGUUGGGAGAAAUUUGUUGAGGAAAUUGCUAAAUCUAUUAUUGCUGAUCAAACACCACAAACUCUUUUGAAAAUUAGAGAUGAUUUCUUCCUUUUAUUAACAAAUUGUAUAGCUCCAGAUAUUAUUUUCAAGACUUUAUUAUUGAAAUUAUUGGAUUUAUUAGAUGGUGAACAAGCACAUCAAGUUAUUGAAUUGGCUGCUAAAUUUGAACAUAGAAUGAAAUGUGGUUCAAAACCUAUUUUCCAUCUUGAAGCAUUUGUUGCCUCUGUAAUGAGUCUUUGUCAAUCCAUGUUUAGUUUUUAA